GCUGGUUCCCCUGUUUGGGGGACGUGCCGAUGCGAGUGGUCAGCUACAACCCGCUCUCGCUUUGCAGGCGCCUCCGAUCGGAGGAGAUUAGCCAGGAGCUCGAGCACUACGACAUCGUGGCGCUGCAGGGCACACAGAUGAAGUGGAGCGGCGGCGUGGACGUCUCGAAGCAGACCCUGCCGAACCACGACGCCCUGCACUGGGGGUGGGGUCGAGGCGGGCACACCAACAAGGCGUGUGGGGUCUCGAUCUUUUUCAAAAAGGGCUUCAAGGUGCUGAAGCUCCUGUCGCCGCCGCCGGCCCUGCGGGGGCGCGGCGGCGGCGCGCGCCUGCGGCGCGGGGCGCCGGACGUCCUGGUGCUUGCCCUCUACUUCCCUGUGAGGGGCUUGGCGGUCCAGCGGGCGGCGGCGGAGGCUCUCUUCACGUGGCUCAUGGAGACCCCCGUCCGCUGCACGCCGCUGCUCUGCGCCGACCUCAUCGACGGGCUUGGCAUGGUCAAGCAUGAGGCGGGGGUCUGCGUGCCCAUGUCGGAGGCUAUAGGAGGGGUCGAGCCCGCGCUGGAGCGCGAGUGUGGCGCGGCGUGGGGGCGGCUAUGCGAGGACUUGGGGCUCGCCACUGUCAACACGUUCUACGAGGGCUACACUUUUUCGGGCCCCACGGGGGCCAGGUCUAGGCCAGAUGUGAUCGCGAUCCCCCGCGGGCUCAUGCGGAGUGUGGGGUCCUGCAAGCCGCUCUACGCGAUCGGCGACAGGGCUGAGAGGGCGCAGUGGAGCAUGGAUGCGUGCAUUCAGGCCAUGAAGCGCCACCAGGGCAAGACGGAGUUCUUGAGGGAGCUGGAGUGCCAGUGCGAGCACCUGGUUCGCCCGCAGCUGGAGGACGAGCUGGGGUGGGCCCCCGCGCACUUCGGCGUCAAGGCGCGCGACACGAGGGAGAUGGAUGAGGCGACGGCGCAGCGCAAGAAGUUGUUGCAGGAGCGGGCGGCCAUCCGUCGUCGGCAUGUGGUCGAGGGUGAGGCGGCGACAUCGACGGAGGCCGAGGUGGAGAGGUGCGUGCAGGAGCUCAGGGACGCCACCCGCCGCCUGCGCGCGCUGCAGCGGCAGCAGCGCAGGCGGCUCCGCGCGGUGCGCUGCGAGGCGCUGGCGGAGGCGGAGAGGGUGGGCGACGCGGCCACGGCCUGGAGGCUGGCCCACUUGCUCGGCGAGAGGGGGAAGGGCGCGCGGCGUCGGGCGCACUGCGCACCCCGCCUGGAGCACGCGGCGGCGGCGCGGCGCCAGCUCCUCAAGGGCCCUGGGCGCCCGGGGGGAUACGCGGCGACGGAGCUGGACUCGAGGCCGUGCCUGGAGCAGCUCAGGCAGCCGCUGGUCAGGUGCUGCUCGGCGCGGGAGGCUGAGGAGGCGGCGGCGCUGGACUUGAAGGAGCUGGAGGAGCGCCUGCGCAGGGGGAUGCAGCCUCGACGCGCAGCGCCGCCGUGGUCGGCCCCUGUGCCAGCGUGGAGGACGUGCUCGGCGCCGAGGUCGGCUGCGGCGCAGGGCGAGGGCAUCGGCUACAGGCCGGAGCCACCGAGCAUGCAAGCGUUCAGGGAGCGGCUGCUGCACUGCCUGGCCCUCGUCCGCGUGUUCCAGGCUGCCCCGCUGGCGUGGUCCAGGUCUAGGGCGGCGGACGUCGGCAGGGCCAUCCGCGCGAUGUGUCCCAUCGGCAAAUGCUACACCACGGUGCUGACGACGAGCGCUCUCGGGGAUGGGGCGCUGGUGGUCACCACAGCGGUGGCCGAGCGGGCGGCGCACUUCGGCCUCGCGGCGAUCACGAGCUUCAAGGACUUGAGCAAGGCGUUCCAGUGCCCGUCCGUGGGCGACAUGAUGCGGGGCCUGGGGGGCUUGGCGCGCGUGGAGGUCGAGACGGCCGAGGGGGUGCUGCGCAUGAAGACUAACCGGGGCGUGCUCAUCGGCGACUCGAUCGGCCCGCCGCUCUUCCUUGAGGUGUCCACGCCGGUUGCGACCGAGUGGGCCAUCGAGGGCGCGGGUCGGCCCGACGCGCAGCUGUUGGAGGCGAAGUCCGUCUUCGCGGGCGCCGCGCUGGACCUCGGCCUCGCGAAGUUUGCGGCCUCGGACGAGAAUCACAAGGCCUCGGACGAGCUGCUGGACAGGUUGCUGGAGCCGCGCGGGCUCCAGCGUAACAUCUCCCAGCAGUGCGCUAUGUGUGCCUUCCGUUCGGUUGGGGCCAGGGCCUGGACGAGGGCCUUCUUCGCGGGCAGGCUCGGAGCGAGGGGCAACUGCUCGACGGUCGCCCGCUACUUGGGCCCGAUGCUGCGCUGCCAGGGCGGCCCGGCGACGGAGAUCAGGGCCCGCGUGGCGGCGGCCACGCGGGGCUUCGCGGGCAUGGGGCGCUUCUGGAAGUCUGAGACCUCCGUCGAGGUGGUGCGGCAGGUCUUCCGCUCAAUGGUGCUGGGGGCCCUCCUCUCGGGGACGGCGGCGGUCGUGCCCGCGCAGUCUUUCCUGGCCUCCCUGGGGGGGGGGGCCGCGCUGCGCCUGGGCCGCUCGGCCCUGGGCGCGCGGGUGUUGAAGGGCUUCCUGGAGGAGGAGAGCUACCAGCACAGGGCCAUGCCCUCCCAGGUUGUGCGCCAGCUGCUGCAGAUGGCGGACAUCGAGACCGAGCUGCGCGCGGUCAGGCUCGGGCUCAUGAAGUGCAUGGUGCGACAUCCUGGAGAUCACGAGAUGGAGCUCACGGCGCUGUUCGGCCAGCUGCCCUUCGCGCUGCAGCCCGUGCUGCUGGUGGGCGACUUGAAGCGGCUCUUUCACGCGUCGGAGCGCUUGGACCUGCUGGAGGUGCGGGGCGAGCGCCCCCUCGUGCUGCUGCAGGGUGCGCUGCGUGAGGAGGUCCUUCAGCUCGACCCCCGUGUGCUUCGGGUGCCCGCGGCAGUGCGGCAUCGCUGGUGGACACUGCAUGGCGACCCUUUUCGUCCUGCACGUGAGCCGUCUGGCCUCAUCGACAUCGGUGACUUCGAGUUCGCGUGCCAGGAGCCCUGCGCUGAGGGCCUGUGCGGGGCCGCCUUCUGUUCGGAGCGAGCCCUGCUGUGGCGCAAAAUCAGCUCUCGCAAGUAUCGGGCGAUCGAGUCAUCCUUGUGCGCGUCGAAUCAGUGUGGGUUCUGCGGGACGGUGCUGGCGUCUAGGGCUUCGGCUGCGCAGCACGUCAG